AUGGACUACAUCGCCGAAAACCCGCAAACGAUCGCCUACGGGGCUGGGGCCGCGGUGGUCGCGACUGUCGCCCUCAGGUGGCUCUUCGACCCGCUCAGGCGUAUUCCCACCGUCGGAGGGCCUUCUGCGCCGCUCCUAUCUUACGUCGGCGCGUCCAACUUCAUCCGCGAUGGCACUAGCAUCAUCACAGAAGGGUACCAGAAGUACUACGGAAGCGCAUUCAAAGUUGCUACACUGGAUCGGUGGAUAGUGAUCGUCAGCGGUCCGAAGAUGGUAGAAGACCUCCGCAAGCGACCCGACGACGAAGUAUCGUUCGUGGAAGGAGCAGAAGAGGGUUUGCAAACCAAACACACCAUCGGGACGUCGUGGCUGAACGACCCGUACCACGUCGACAUCAUCAGGGAGAAGCUUACACGCACACUGCCCGCGGUGCUGCCUGCGAUUGUCGACGAGCUCAUGCUGGCGGUCCCAGAACACAUCCCGGCUGCCUCCGAUGAGUGGGUGCCAGUGCAUACCUUCAAGGCCAUGCAGAAGAUCGUCUCCCGGGCCAGCAACCGAGUUUUCGUCGGGCUCCCUGUUUGUCGAAACGAGGAGUUUCUAGACCUCGCGAUCAAGUACACUCUCGAUAUUACGUCUGACCGUGCGCGCAUGAAGAAGUACCCAGGAUUCUUGAAGGGCGUUGUAGGCGCUUUUACCAGUGACGCGCGCAAAACACAUAGACGGGCUGCAGACAUCCUUGAGCCUCUGAUCACGGAGCGCCUCGCAAAGAUGCAAGAGCUUGGUGACGAGUGGACGGAGAAGCCCAACGACAUGCUGACCUGGAUACUCGAGCAAGCGAUCCCGCGCGGCUCGUCGACAGAUCAGAUCGUCCAGCGUGUGCUGUUCGUCAACUUCGCCGCGAUCCACACGUCCUCGAACAGCGUCACGCACGUGCUCUACAGCCUCGCCGCAGAUCCUUCGCUCGUCGCCGUGCUCCGCGCGGAGGUCGAGCCGAUCGUCGCCGCGGAGGGCUGGAGCAAGGCCGCGCUCGGGAAGAUGUGGAAGGUGGACAGCCUCCUGCGCGAGUCGCAGCGCGUGAACGGAAUCGGACUCCUUUCCAUCACGCGCAAGGUCCUGAAAGACGUCACGCUCCCGGACGGGACCUUCCUCCCCGCGGGAACGCUCGUGCACGCGGCAUUGUACCCGACGCACCGCGAGUCCUCCGUGUACGGCGCGACCGCGGACGAGUUCGACCCCUGGCGGUUCGCGCGCAUGCGCGAGGCCGCGGGCGAGGGCACGAAGCACCAGUACGUGAACACCUCGACCGACUACCUCCCCUUCGGGCACGGGCGGCACGCUUGCCCUGGGCGGUUCUUCGCGGCGAACGAGCUCAAGGCGCUCGUCGCGUUUUUGGUGCUCCACUACGACAUGAAGAUCCCCGGAGAUGGCCCGCGACCGAGCGACGUGUACUUCGCGGAGCACGUCCUACCGGAUCCUACGGCGCGCGUUUUGUUCCGGAAGAGGCAGCCGGUGCGGGUUUAA